UUUUCUUCUUUCUUUACUUCUUCACCCGUCCAUCCUCAUUUUCUUUUCUUCAAACAGCAAGUUUUUUUUCCCUUUUUUCCGCAACAGCACAUCAAUCCUUUUUUCCUAUUUUGCAACAGCAAGCAUUUUUCUGCUGUUCUUCAAACAGCAACAAGCGGGUCAGAGUCUGGGUUCAAUCGAAUCUGGGCACGCAAAACAGAUUCGCAGGUCGAAAUCUGGGACAAAUUUCAGGCAGCGGGUUGAAUCUCGGUUCGUGGUGGUGGAUGCAGGGAGCGGCUCGGUGAACUCGGAUCAGCAACGAUGGCGUCGAUCGCUGGUCGGAUGGCGCACUGCACAACUGGGUGCGUGGCUGGUAGUUCGGGUUCUCGGGUCAGCAACGACGGCGUCAUUCGCUGGUCGAACGGUGCUGCACAAUUGGCUGCGCGGCUGUUAGUUAUGGUUUUCCGCACAGAGCACGCUGCCUUUUCGGAGCUCUUGGGCAUCGAUGAAGGUGUUGAUUGCUUUCUGAUUCAGGGCUUUGUAGAGGUGGCUGACGGAGCACCUGCGAGUGUCUUCCCCUCUGAAAUUGAUGAACACGUCGUAUUUCCAAGGAGAGCCAGAGCAAGAAGAAGAUGCAGCAGCAGCAGUAGCAGCCAUUAAUCGAUCGAGUAUCUAAAGAGUAACGUAAUAGAUCAAUGACGACCAGAUCACGCGUCGCUAUUUUCUAGGUGCACGUCUUUAGCAAAAAGAAGAAACAAAUGAAAGGCAAAAGCAUAUAGGGGACCAUCAGGGCCACUACUCAAGGCAAAAGCAUAAAAAUUCUAGAGUAUCACAUAUUGAUGGACCAAAGAUUUGCUCCGCAUGGGCGAGCGGAUGCAACGCGCGCGCGAAGAAAGCAGUGACAAGUGGGUCCAACAGUACAUUUGGGGCACACAUCACAAGGGGUAAUGUAACAGGAUGCUUAUCAAGAGUCCACAUAAACAGAUUUUACUAGAAAAUGUGUCUGCGCUUUGUUC